CGAACGCUCUGAAAUCAUUGAAAGGUCGAAAGUUCACUUAAGUAUUCCUUGUCUUCUUCCUCGCUCUUUGUCAGAACCAAAUGAUUCGGUUAGUCUUCAUGUAGUCAGAAUAAUCUUGAAAACAUACACCAAACUCUCUUGAUAAAAAUUUUCCACACGAAAAUCAGUCUUCAUCUCGGUCAUAGAAGGCUCCUCGGAUAAUAGUGAUGUGUCGUUUGGUUGGAGGUGUUACUUACCAGUCUACGUCUUUGACUCCUCUGGUUCAUCACAAUCCGUAGCAAAUGGAAGAGGGAAUGAAACUAACACCGAAUCGUAGUUGGGCUUCGGGGUUACUGGGCCCAUUCGGUAGCCCAAAUUCAGAGCUCUUCCUGUCAAAAAGGAAGCGAGGGAAAACCGAGCGCGAUUCCGCUAUUCAGUGCAGAAGAAAGCGAGGGAAAAAGAAGAGAAAAGAGUGCAGGAGAAGAAGCUGCUGCGGUAAUGUACGGCGGAAGCGAAUUCGAUGGAGGCGCGGCGGCGUUCAUGGGCGGCGGAUUCAUGCCUUCUCAGGCCACUCAACCUCACGAUUCCUUCGCAUCCUCUUCCGCCUCCAAGAAUCGAGACUCCAAGGUCCUUUUGCCGCUUACUGUUAAACAGAUGAGCGAGCUAGCGAAUACUGAUGAGUCCAAUUUCACUGUUGAUGGUGUUGUUGUGAACACUGUUGUUGUGGUGGGGAGGGUGUGUCGGAAGGAAGACAAAUUGAACGAGUUCACUUUUCUCGUCGAUGAUGGCACAGGAGUGAUUGGAUGCUGCAAAUGGAUUCAGGAACCUCUUGACAAUGAAGAAAUCGGAGGAAUCUCAAUCGGAACUUAUGUCCGUGUUCAUGGACACUUGAGAAGCUUGCAGGGCAGAAGAUUCAUCAAUGUCUUCUCUAUUAGGCCAGUUACCGAUUUCAAUGAGGUGGCGAGCCACUUGAUCGAGUGCAUAUACGUCCACUUCUACAAUACCAAGAUGAAGGGAGCACCAUUGACAAAUUCCAUUCCACCAAGCAGCAACAACUUCUCAAGGGGACUUCAGUCUGCCCCUCUGAAUCAGCCUGCUGCCGCGUUUCAGGGUGGUGAUGGGAUCAAUGACCUGGGAUGCAAGAUACUAGACCUGCUUAAACAGCCUCAAUAUCUGUCUAUUGAAGAGGGAGUGCAUCAAGAGACCAUUGCUCUCCAGCUUAACCUUCCUAUGCAUAUUAUCAGGGAAGGAAUUGACACCCUUAUUGACAACGGCUUUAUGUACUCCUCAAUCGAUGAGUUUCACUUCAAAUCAGCCGUCAACGCUUAAGACUUUUCAUGGUUUUCUUCUCUUCCAGACUUACCAGGAACAUAUGUGUUCUACGGUUUGUGUGGUUUUCCUAGGGCCGCCAUUGAUCAUCAACCAUGUUCAUAUUUGCUAAACUCAGUUUUCUUGUAGUUCAUUAUACAGAAACCUAACACUCUUUCUCUUAAGUCGAAUACCUGGUACGAAUCAACUCUACGUGUGGAU